AUGGUGAACACCCGCUCGUCGCGUGCCCCUCUCGAGGCAGAGAUCGCUGUCCCCCCCAUCGCUGUACGCCCCGGCUUGCAGGCUCUUCGUGAUCGCUUAGCUCUCACCUAUUUCGGGUGUCGGCUUCGCGCAUUUGACAUCGUCUGGGAAAACGCCAUGGUUUCGACCUCCGGACGCACCUUUUAUCGUCGCCGGCUCAUCAAGAUCAGCUGGCCGAUCCUCAGGGCCCUUGGGUCGCGUGAGCUAGAGGCGGUGAUUCUCCACGAGCUGAUACAUGUUCAUCUCUACCUAGAACAUGGUGACGGGUCUCACGGGUCACGCUUCCGUGCCCACGCGCGCAGGAUAAAUCGGCUCGGGGGCUACAACAUCGGGGUUCACCAUGAUGCUGCCCAUCAGGUUGUCCAACGUCACAGCUGGCGUUGUACCGGCUGCGGUAUGGUUAUCCACACUUCUCGUGACGUGGUGACUAUCUAG